UCUCUCUCUCAGUGGUUUGUCAGACGUGCGUUGAGGAGAGAGGAGGAGAGAAGCACCGAGCUCUGGAGCGCCAGCAUCGUCGUGUGUGAACCUGUCGUCGCCAUCACCAUCCCCACCAUCACCACCACUACCGCCACCAUCAUCACCACCACCACCACCACCACCAUCACCACCACUGCUGCUCUCUGCUCCUGUCCACACACAGCUGAAGGCCGCAGGAGGAUGAACUAAGAGCGUGUGCGUGCGUGUGUUUGUGUCUACACACACACACACACACACACACACACACACACACACAGAGAGAGAGAAAGAGAGGGGGGGUCAGAGAGACGUGGCAGCAGGGAAGGUUAGAGACUCUCUGUGCGUGCUCUGUGUUGUCUGUCUUCAGCUCUCUCUGCAUCAUCUGCAAACACAGGGGAUUGACCGCUGCCGCUGCCGCGACAGGACGCCAGUCCACAUGUCAAUGAGGAGAAGAGGCGCCGGGACAGACACGGUCUGCAAUUACGAGACAUCAAAGUCAGGAUAAGACUGUCCACAAGGACUGGACAAGCAGUCUACUGGUACUGGACAGCAUGAUGUAAAGGCUACAAGACUGCAAGCAGUGUCCACGGCGGUCUACGAGGGCUGGGCAACACGUCACCAGUCAUUUCUUCUCUUUUCCUGCUGUUCUCUCCAUCCUCUCUCAGUUCUCUCCUCUCCUCCUCCUCCUCCUCCUCCUCCCCAUCAGGAUGCAGACCCCUGUCUCCAUGGUGAUGGGGAUCGUCUUCGCCCCGCUGGGUCUGGUCCUGGUCUUCACGGCGGCCAUCACUCCCCAGUGGCGCGAGGGGCAGGUGCAGGUGGCGGUGGGGCCGGGCGGCAUCGGUGGCGUCGGCGUGGGCGAGGGUCUUCUCCUCCUGCGGUCAGACGGGCUGUGGGAGAGCUGCCUGCAGGUGGCGCACUCAGAGCUGAAGCAGUGCUGGCCCGCGUCUGGCCCGUACCAGCGUGACCGGCGUGUGCGCGCUGCCCAGGGUCUGGUGCUGGCCUCAUCUUCGGGCGCCGGGAUGGGUGGCUGGCCUCGCGCUCUUCGCCUUCGUUGGCGUGCGCUGCUGCGUGGCGUCGCGGCCGGCGGCGGCGGCCUCCUGGUGGUCCUCGCCGGGCUCCUGAGCCUCGUGGCGCUCGGCCUCUACACGCACAACCUGGCAGCGCUGGGCAGCGAGGACCCUGCGGUCAGCGGCAGCGGCGUUGGAGGUCCGCGCUCGGCCCUUCAGCAGCACCAGAGAGCCUCGUCCGCCCACCGACUGCCCCGCCUGUCGCUGCGUCCGGCCGGGUCGCUCUACUUCGGCUGGGUGGGCGGCUGGGUGCAGGUGCUGGGCGGCGCGGCGCUCAUGCUGAGCUUCAAGAGACCACACUGCCCAUCCUGCCACAAGCGCCCCCCAGUGGACAACACGGAGACCUACGAGGUCGCCUGCUGAGAGGGGGAUGCAGAGAGAGAAGGAGAGAGAGAGAGAGAGAGAAGGAAGGAGAGGAGAGGAAGAACAGAACACUGGAGAAAGAAGGACUACUCUCUCACACAUACACACACAUAUUUACACAUACACACACACAUAUACACAAACACACACACACACAUAUUUACACAUGCACACAUACACAAACACACACACACACACACACAAGUGAUGGAUUACCUGGGUGUUGUCACGUCACUCCACUCAGCUCAGUCAUGAAGGCAGCCCCUGUUGAAUGGCUGGAGGCUGGUGAAACCGGUCCCGAGGGCCCCUUAAGCCUGGGAUAAGUGCUGAAGAUGUCAAAAGCUGCUUUCUUUAGGGGGGUGCGGGAGUAAGCAGGCAAUCCUUGUAGGACUGAACGGCUGAUUCACUCAGACAAUGCACUGAAUUAGGCGACUUAGAGGACUGAAGUCUCUAUUCAUGGCGUUUGAGCGUAGAGGGCUCCAACCUGCUUCAGGUGCCACGAAUAGUGCACAGGUGGACACCUGCUCGCUUGCAGACGUUUCAGAACUGUCGCUAGUUUUGCUAAAUUAAUAGCUGUUAAUAUCUGUCAUUUAAAUCUGCUUAAGAAUUUUCAGCAGUGGUUUGUGCAUUACGAAAAUGAACAUUGUGUAUUUUCAGAAUCUCCAUGAUUUGUAAAUGCAGUUUUAGGUUCACUGUUUCCGUCCCUUUUGGAAGCCCCUGAGUAGCAAAAAGCUUUUCUAUCAGUCUUUUGUAGGAAAAAAACGUAUGAAUAAGUCAUUGUGAAAUAUCUGUCUUGCAUCUUAGAACCUGACUAUGAAAAUCUUUCCUAAAGUAUACAUUUAAUGUGAAGCCAUAAACGUGAAAUGCCAAGGAACAGGACAACUUAGUUGCUGUGUAUUUGUCCUCACAGUAUGGGUCUUUUGUCCGUAGUUUAGACUAAACGCCUAUGAUCCAAAAUAUUUAAAUGAUCUUUGAUCAAACUCUCUAUGUCAUGGACUUUGAAGUAUGAGUUGACCGCAGCCUUACUUUAGACAGCAGACAAGCAUUAGAGCAAACGUGAAAUCUGUUUCUCUAGUCAGUCAGACAUGUUUUUCUUUUCGGUUUUCUGUGCCCCAGCAACCGAGUGUGUUUGUAGCUUCACUGUGUUUCACAUAAACUGUGUUUGUGUCCUACAUGCUGAAUAGCAGAGUCAUUGCUGAGACCUCUAGAACUGAGCGCGGUUUUGCUGUCUCGUAUAGUCUGUGUGUAGACGUGGCAUUUGAACCAUCUCACUGAAAUAAAAAGAACGAUA